CCCCAUCAAGCUCCUCACCAACAGGCCGAUAAAAGAGACUCCUCAGCUGAGUGGAAGUGGUUGAGAAGGAGAAGUGAACAAGAUAGGCACAGUCCCUGGAAGCGUAGAUCUCACUCUCCACUGCCUUCUCUGUUUCAGGUAGGUCAGGUGGGAAACUUAUGAAGGUAGCCUUGGUGUAUGGCAUUGCUGUGAGGACAGCUCCAGACUUGAUAAAAUGUCUUUCUUCUCAUCAUGGAUCAAAGCUAUGUUCAUCAUUGCCUUGGCAUUUCCUCUUUAUUCUGAAACUUCUUUUGCACCUGCACCAGAAUUCAGAUUUCCGCCGAACUGUAAACUAUAUUCAGAUCCUCUACAAAUUUGCACCAAAGAGUUGGAUCCAGUCUGUGCAACCAAUGCAAAAACUUAUCACAAUGAAUGUACUUUCUGCGAUGAAAAGAUGUAAGCACACAGUAGAAAAAUGGUCACAAAUUUGAUUUUGAACAUUUUGGUGUAUGUUGAAUAUUAAUGGAGCUGCACAUCAAUAUGGCUUUUAUUAUAAUCACAUUUUGUGGUGCAUUCUACAGAAAAUUAGAGUCUUCUCAAUCAGAGCCUUAAAUUCAUAGAUGGCCAGGUGAAUCCUAUGGAACAGAAGACAAAAUAUACAGCAUUCACAAUUUUCUCCAACUCUAACUUCCUGUGAUUUCAGGAUUUUGAUUCUCUAUGUUCAAUUAUUAAUGACGGUUUGAAAAUCUAAUGUCUUAAUUGCAUGUUUGAUAACAUAAAAACUAAUGUAAUUUAAAAUAAUAAAUAUUUCACUCAUUAAAAUGUUAAAAUAUGUUAUCUUUAUUAAAA